GAGGGGGCGGUGGCGCGGCGGCCUCGCGGUUGCCAUGGCGACGCGCGGCGGCCGUGCCCCCGGGCGGCUCCCGGGGAGACCCCCCGCGGGGCGGGCACACGCGUGACGGCGGAGCCCCGCGCCGGUGCGGGCCGGGCGGCGGCGGGCGAGGCUGCCGCCGGCCAUGCCAGUGCUCGCGCCCGAUGCUGAGUCAGAAACAGGUAUCCCGAAAUCCCCCUCUGAGGCGCGGCGCUCGGAGGCCAUGGAGGAGCUAGAGCACACCUGCCCCCAGCCUCGCCUGACUCUGACGGCACCUGCUCCAUUUGCAGAUGAAACAAGCUGUCAGUGCCAAGCCCCCCAUGAGAAGCUAACCAUUGCACAAGCCCGCCUGGGAACACCAGUUGACAGACCUGUCAGAGUGUAUGCAGAUGGGAUAUUUGACCUCUUCCACUCUGGCCAUGCUAGAGCUCUUAUGCAAGCCAAAACUCUGUUCCCGAAUAGCUACUUAUUAGUAGGAGUUUGCAGUGAUGAUUUAACUCAUAAAUUCAAAGGCUUUACUGUGAUGAAUGAAACUGAGCGAUAUGAAGCCCUCAGACACUGUCGCUAUGUGGAUGAGGUCAUCAGAGAUGCACCCUGGACACUGACACCUGAGUUCCUUGAAAAACAUAAGAUUGACUUUGUAGCCCACGAUGACAUCCCAUACUCCUCCGCUGGCUCGGAUGAUGUAUACAAACACAUAAAGGAGGCAGGAAUGUUUGUACCAACGCAGAGAACCGAAGGUAUCUCCACAUCGGAUAUCAUCACAAGGAUCGUCCGGGACUACGACGUGUAUGCCCGGCGCAACCUCCAACGAGGAUACACCGCCAAAGAGCUGAAUGUUAGUUUUAUAAAUGAGAAAAAAUACCGCUUUCAAAACCAAGUGGACAAAAUGAAAGAAAAAGUUAAGAAUGUGGAGGAAAAAUCAAAAGAAUUUGUUUACAAGGUGGAAGAGAAGAGCCAUGACCUUAUUCAGAAGUGGGAAGAAAAGUCCAGGGAAUUUAUUGGCAACUUUUUAGAGCUGUUUGGACCCGAUGGAGCCUGGAAGCAGAUGUUCCAGGAACGAAGUGGCCGAAUGCUCCAGGCUUUUUCUCCCCGGCAGAGCCCAAACAGCAGCCCCACACGAGGCCGCUCUCCAUCCCGUUCUCCAUCUCCACCCUGGGUCUUCAAUAAAGCCUCCCCCCCCUCUUCUCCAAAAGCUGCCUCUGCCUCCCUCAGCAGCAUGAGCGAGGGAGACGAGGAUGAAAAGUAAAAUAAAGAUAUAUUUUUUUAACCAUGAGACAGAAGAACAAACUAUGAACUCAACCGCUGGAUGGGGAGAAGCGUGAGGAACAUCUGGGGUAUCUCUGACAGCAGGGAACGUGCUCUGGGAGAAGAUGCUGAAAACAAACUGGAGCACAGCAAGGGAGAUCUCAGGAAGAGCUUAUCCCAUCCCCACUCCCUCGCGGUGCCUGGAGGCUCGUCCGGCAGCGCUUGCCAGACACGGUACCAGGGCCUGACAGAAAACACGUACACCUCUGUGCAAGUUCCUGCCCCUGCGUUGCUGCUUACGGCUGCUGCGGCCAGGCCAGGUUGGCGGGGAACUCUGCACCAAGUGGGGCUGGCAGGAGGAGCCCAGCUGGCUCCGAUCUGGACCCGGCACACUGGCACACAAUGGCUGCAGCCCAUGGAUGAAGAAGAUGCGGUUGUAUUGGCCCCUGCUAACCUUGAGCUCUUCUGGCACGUGAAGAAAUGGCAUCACUGCAGUGAAUACAUUCAGAAACAGGAAAUAAAAUUUUACUUUUUUUCUUUUUGAAUGAAAUCUGCCCCAGACCCCAAACCACGCCAGUGAAAUGGAGAGCUCUCCAUCUGAGUUGGUGGAAAUCCAUUUAAUAUAUUCAAGCUAUUGAAUGCUGCUUGUUGACCAAGCCUCUGUCCAGGGUGUAUGUAAAGUCAGGCUGUAUUUGCUCUAUCGAAUCGCUCUGUGUUCCUAGUGCCUGAACAGCUACCAGAUAACUUCUGUUCUGCUCCCUGGUUUUGCACUUUGGAGGCAAGAAAGUAAAUGAAAAGACGACCCUAGCUGGAAUGUGGCGUUAUAGGAAAUAGAAUUCACCAGUAAAAAUCACCAACAUCUUCAACCUAUCUAAAACAAACACGUGGGAUUCCAAGGCCUUGGGACAUGGUCUCCUAGGAAACCCUGCUGCUCCCUGCUGUGUAUUGCCAAACAACGAGCACAACAGUGCUGCUGUCCUCACAUGCUACUCAGCCGGUUAAACAAAUUUCUCAUCAAACUCUAAACAAGAUGUGUUCACAGACACCCAGCCCCCGCAGGGGUCCCGAGGCCAAUCCUCUGCCCCAACAUGGAGAAAAAGUUGGAAAAAAGCAAUGGAAACCUUUAAAACAGUAUUAGGCAUGGGGAUUGUCUUUCUCUGUCCGUGACACCUGUACAGAACCGCAGAAAGGGUAGCACGAGUGAAGCUUUCCCUCCUCUUGAUGUGCUAGCUGAUCUCCUUCCGGCUUGGCAAAGCCAGACCUGCCUGACGUCUGGCUCCCCCGUUCAGUCCCGCAGCCGGCACCUGGUGAGGUGGCCGCAGACUCGCAGGGUUUCUGAGUGUGGGGGACCCCCAGCCCCCAAGGCUGCCCUGCCCCACAGCCCAGAAACACCCAGCCUGCAUCACUGUGGUAGGGCUGCAAUUUUGCUCCCAGGCCAUGUGCACGGGCACAUUGGAGGUUCCCCAGACGGCCACCGACUUUGGUGCCAGGCCAGCGAGGUAAAGGGUGCCGCCGCCUGCCUGUCCCAGCGAUGGCGUGCCAGGUACAGACCCUGGGCAGCCUGGGCAGGGGGUCGCAGCAGCAAAGUCGCCGCUGUGCCACUGCUCCCUGGAGGUGCAGACCCAUCGGGACACGCAGCCUGCCCUGGGCAGCACCGGUCAGCACUUUGCUGGUUCCCUGUGCAGGAAACGCCCCCGGGAGACGGAGGGCUCUGAGCGGCUCUUGGAACAGCAAAGCAUGAAGGAACAAGAUGCCCGAGCGCUUGAGCAGACGGACAGUAGUACCUCUGGCAGCAGGCCCCAGGAGGCCACCAUCCUUACCUCGCCAAGUGACCUAGUAGGUAACCUCCCUUCACUCCUUCCCUUCCAGAUACUCUUGCAGGCAGGUAGGUACAGACUCUCAUACCAGGCACCAGAUUAGCCCCGCGCUCUGUUCAUUCCCUGCAGCUUUCAUCCCUCCCCCACUACGGGGUGACCGAUUUUCCUUAGGGAACACUUCGCCAGACUCUGACUAGCACAAGACUGAGUACAUAAUAUCCCGUGGCAUACUUUGUCCUCUGAAGUCAACCUAGUUCCCUUUUCACAAAGCUGCAAAAAGAGAUGAGCAGGGAACAGAGAGAACCGCUGCUUUCACUAAAAGUGCCAGGGGAGAGCCAGAGCGAGCUCAGCUGCCACCAGCUGUGCGCCCCAUGGGACGAUGCAAUUCAGACCUUUCUCAGCCUUAGGCAACCUGUUACUGUAAUUUCAUACCUGGGAUGCACUUGUUAGUUUUUCUGAUCCUUUGCAAGUCUUAAGUCUUCCCAUCACAAACCACUCCACCACCACGGGAACCAUCUGCUCUCUACUGGUGCUGUUUACACGAUGAGCCAUGUCCAAAUGCAAUGGAGGUGGGUAGGUUUUUGUUGUUCCUGGCUUUUACCAUUUGUUUUUUUUAAUUUUUAUUAAACUAAACAUCAUGCUUACUGUUCAGCAGCCCUUGUUCAGUGGUUUGAAUGGAAGACAGCACCUCACCUUGUAAAUAGGAACUGGAGAAAAACUCACCAGUGACUUCUUCUUAAGAGAAGCUGUUCCUCAGAGUCACAGGUGGCUACCCAGCGACAAAGCCAUAUGCUGUACCAGGCGUCCUUUUGUAUUUAGGGUAUCAAUAAGCUGAAGCCUUUGCCCUGCUGGUACAGACACCAAUAUCCACAUGCUGUCUCCGGCAAACCAGAACCUCAUUGUCUCUGGACACGCGGAGGGCAAUUUUGCACUUCUGAGUCAUGGUUGGGUUUUAUUUUUCAUGAGUGUUGCUUUAAUUCAGUCCUAUUUAUCAGCCAAGCUCCACAUGAAAAAUAAACAGUGUACAA